AUGCCGGCACUUUGUGUUGAAAAUGAUAAUUUUACAAUGUUUAAUAGUUUAGUUGGUUGUGACUUACCGGAUGGACGUUUUAAACGUUUUAUGCAGGUUUGGAGUGAUGAUGAUACAAUGAAAAGGUGUUCUUGGGCAUUUAAUUCUGAUGGGAGUAUUGCAAGAAGUGAAAUAAAUUCUUUUGGUAAUUCUUUUUAAA